AUUGGUGAUGAUGAGACAUAUCUGGAAGAAAUUAGGAAUAAUCAAGGUCCACUUCAGAAAACAGUGCAGUUACAAUAUACUAUAAACCUGGAGUACGAAUUCAUUCCUGAUCAAGGAAAUGGCGAAGGUGGUGAUGCUG